AUGACGACGGCGAAGGCGCGGCGACGGGCGAGCGAUCCCGCGGGCGCGGUGCGGAGGAUCUUUGACGAACGACGCGCGAGACGGGCGGCGGCGACGAUUCGGACGACGACGACGACGAACGCGGGACGAAGGACGAGCGAGCCGACGCCGGCGCGCGCGCGAUUCGCACGCGCGUUGGAUGGCGCUUUGGACGACGCUUUGGACGACGCGGAGGCGAGCGGAGGGGCGAGCGCGCGGGAUGGGGACGACGACGCGAGCGACGGGGCGUACGGGUUGUUGCUUCGCGCGGCGCGAGACGAACGCGCGGCGAGAGACGCGUCGUUGCCCGAGGAGUACUCGUUGCAGGAGGUGCGAGACGGCGGCGCGGCGUGCGAAGAUUUGGUCGCGCUGUCCGUCGCGUUCGAGCGCGAGGACGCGCGCGUCGGGUCGCUCGCCGGCGGUUUGGGGGGCGCGGUGGCGCACGUCUUGCGAACCGCCUCGGGCGAAGCCGUCGGGUACACGUUGACGUACGAAAACCGCGCCCCGGAGUGGGACCGCGCGCGCGCCGUCGUUCUUCCUCCGCGACUCGCGCACGUGUUCAUUCGUCGAGAUCACCGCAUGCGAGGACUCGGAACGGGUUUGGUGAAUUGGUGGCGACGUCGAUUCGCGCUGCGAUGCGCUUUUUUCGCCGUCGAUUCGCCCAACGACUCGAUGACGCGAACGUUGCUUCGCGUCGAAUGCGCGCCGGCCACGACGCGUUCGGGUCACGGCGCGUCUAGUGUACAUUACAUAGCUCCAGUCGCGGCGUCUUCGUGA